AUGUUGGGGAGAUUGAUCCAGGGCUAUGGCAAGAGCUCGUCGAGCUCGAGUCGACCACAGAGGAAGCACACAGUCGCUCGCUACUAUGGCCUGUCCACCUCUCCGAGCUUUCGCAUAGGACCAUUCGACGAUCGCGGAGGCGUCGGUGUGGCCGAGGCGCACAAUCUGAGAGUUGUCAUCGCGCAAGACGCUUUCGGGAGCCUGGACAAGCAACUAGUGCUCUACGAUUCACAUAAGACGACAUCAGAUGCCUCUCCUCGAAAAGCGACUGCGCCGACAGCGACUCUGCGAGAUGGCAACAAAAGUCGCACCCAGCAGCCUAUGCCAAUGCACCAGAGAAACAGGAGCUCGACGAUUGGUGGCCCAGCCAGUGCGUGGACUCGCCACACUCGUGAUACCGAUGGAGAUGACAAAGUGAACCGCCUCCUCGAAUGCAUGUUCGGCAACACGAGCACGACAAAGAGCGACGCUAGUACCAAGAUGCACAUUCUGUUAUCUGGUUCUGAUGCUGCCCCGGCCCAGCUGUCCACAGCUUCGACGGCGACGACUAGGCCUAACUUUCCAAGAGCGCUCACGUCUCAGACGACCACGAAACUAGCACGUGCUAAUCAAGGCUCCUGGGAAGACGCCACCAGCGACCAAGAUGUCAUCCUGAUUACCAGACUGUUCGCUGUGCCCUUACCUGACUCGAAGGAACCAAUCGUGACGCGACCUAGAUCGGGCGAACAAACUGCUGAGAUCGCAUCGCCAAUGAGCGAAGACGGUGGCGCAUCACGCAAAACUAAGUUGAUUGAGAAGAAGACUCCGAUGUAUGCUGUCGGCCUUCUAGUGACCUUGCCUCGUGAGGAGUCUCGUUCAAAUUUCUCUCGGCCACCUUCGCGGAUGUCUGUUGCAUCAACCUCAUUUCCGAGUUCAAGUGGGUCUGAUUUUGCCUCUUCCUGGAGUUUGCUUGAGGCUAUCUCGGACUCUCUGUCUUCACCAACAAGAACUUCACCGAGACAAUUGGACAAUCGAAUUAGUGUCCUGACCAAUUCCUGGGAUAUGAUACUAAGAGCCAUGUCUGACGUCGAGGCUGUUGCAAAAGAAGAGAUCCGCCAUGGGUUGCAGCUUGUCAAUCGACAAGUAAUGUCAUCCACAACCAAGGUGCCGAAGGGCUUGAAUGAGCAGCGUACGAAUCAGCGAAACAUCUACAUCACCCAACCAAUGGCUCUCGCCGGUGCAAAGAGCCUUCACACUUCUAGUCGACACCUCGUCCAACGGCUAACUCUCGGACUGCAGAUCCCAAGAGUGAUCACGGGCAUAGGAUUUCGGGACGGGCACUGGAAUGACGAAGCACGGUACCUGGUGCACGUCUGCAAUUCAAAAUCGCAGAAUCACUUCCUCCUAAAUCUGCUAACCGCCUUUCUUGGCAACCACACGGAGUGGCUUGGGAGUGCUCUCACGAAGGCGGCUGCGAAAGAACAGGACGAUGAUGAGGCAGUACACGAGCCGUCUCUAGGUCUUUCGCGGACUGUCAUCGUUUGCGAUCAACGAGCAUUGGCACGGCGGUAUAUCUUCAUGCUCGCGUCUUUCUUGCCAUCGUUGAGUGGCAUCAGUCCCUUCGAACAGCGACCGACGCCAUUCAAAUCGCCACUGCCAACUCCCGGUUUAUCGUCUUCAUCUCUGAAGCACGUAAGGUAUGCUUCUGACCAACACAACGACACGAGAGGAUCUUCCCAUAGCCAUCAUGUCACAUUCGGUGAUGCACAUGAUGCUACACUUCUCUCGACAAGUGUUUCGUCACGGACCAGUGCGAGCACGCAUGCUUCCAUGCGCCCAUCGAAAGCUUUGCUUACUCGUAAGGACUCCGAUACUACAUCAAUGCGAACUGCGUCGCGCUUCUCCGCUGCAACAUCUGCCACACACAUGCGCAAGACCAGUGCAGCAAGUUCCGCUUUGACGCCACAGCCUGUUGCUACGCAGCCCUAUCUUCCGUCAUCGCAGGAUAGCUACUUUCCUGCCGACGCUGUAGCCGACAGUCCUGAGUACGGCGCGACUAAUCAGCUGGCGCAGAUUCUCCGCCGUGAUUCAAGCAGCACUGUCGCUCCAAGAUCCUCGAACGGUAGCUGGGGAUUUCUUGGCUUGUGGUCGCGGAAGGGAUCGCCAACAGUCGCGGGUGAGGAUGCCAGCAAUGCCUCGCCAGCCGUCUUCGGCAACCUGCAUGGAGGCAGCUCUAUGAGAGGAGGCAGCAACAAGCUUGAAUCUAUGGUCAGCGAAGCAACUUCAGCGGCUCUUCCGCAAUCCAUCUCUCAACCCCGGAAACCGGCGCUUCCCGCGGAUGAUGCGCACGAUCUUGUCGACGAGCGCCUAAAUGUCGUCGAAGCACCUCGUCUAAGAGUUGAUGAGGAAGACGGUGUCGUUGAUGUAGAUAUCGGUCUUCCAGGGUUUCUCGACUGGGAUGCAGAUGCCAUUCCUGUUUCACCUGGCUCCCGAAAUCACGCGUCGGCCUCUGGUCGCAGCCUCGAAGGCAUUCCGUCUUUGCGGAGUUCAUUCUCGCAGCCAAGUUCUUAUGCCGCGCAAUCGACUGCGGGUGACGCUGGUGUUGCUGGUUGGUUGCGUCGUUACCACGAAGACUUCCGACUCCAAGCCGUCAAGCCUUACUCUGACUUAGUGUCUGAUAUUAGGGACUCCAUGCUCCGAGAAAGUCGAUCGUUGCUAAGCAGGGACGCUGCAAACAUGAGCGACACUUCUGAUCAGGCGGAGACUUGGGUCGACAUCAGCUCCACACUGAUGGUCGAUGCACGCAGAUAUACCGUGGAGAGACUCACUCUUCAGCGGAAGUUAGGAAGAAGCCGAAUCGCGGACCUGCAGAGCCCGACUCCUCCCACAGACUCGCGCACAGCGGUCGAGCAUCGUUUUGUCAUGGAGCCGGUAAACGAGCCAGACCCUAUGCUGGCAGACGCCUUCGCGAGCAUACUGGAUUUGUCGCGUAAGUCACACUCGAGGUCUGCAUCCGGGACAGCAAAGUCUGGUCCUGCAACACCAGCUGGGUCUCUGCCGCGAGAGAUCACUGUGCCACCACGGAUCCUACGAAGCAGCUGUCAACAAGCUGUGGCAGAGGUAUUGGAACAGGUGGUCAAGAGCGUCAGUGAGCACAUGGACAACCACGACGAAGGCCGUGCGGUCUCAACGAAGGCUUCCGCCGGCCAGAGUGCGAAAGAGAGACAAGGAGAGGAGCAUAAUGUGCUACGAGAAGGAGUGAAGCGUUGGCUGCUUGCAGCAGAGCCUCGAAGUGUGUGGUAG